AUGGAGGCAUCACGAGGCCCUCCCCGGGUCAAGAACAAGGCCCCCGCGCCGAUCCAGAUCUCCGCAGAGCAGCUGCUGCGUGAGGCUGUUGAUCGCCAGGAGCCCGGUCUUCAGGCGCCGACUCAGCGGUUCGCGGAUCUGGAGGAAUUGCACGAGUACCAAGGCCGAAAGCGCAAGGAAUUCGAAGACUAUGUGCGGCGGAACCGCAUUAACAUGAACAACUGGAUGCGCUAUGCCGCUUGGGAAUUGGAACAGAAGGAAUUCCGCCGGGCGCGCUCCAUCUUUGAGCGCGCUCUGGACGUGGACUCGACCUCCGUCGUGCUAUGGAUUCGCUAUAUCGAAGCCGAAAUGAAGACCCGCAACAUUAAUCACGCCCGCAACCUCCUCGACCGUGCCGUGACGAUCCUGCCGCGCGUGGACAAGCUCUGGUACAAGUAUGUGUAUAUGGAAGAGACGCUGGGCAAUAUUCCCGGUACCCGUCAGGUCUUUGAGCGAUGGAUGUCGUGGGAGCCAGAGGAAGCUGCAUGGAGCGCAUACAUCAAGUUGGAGAAGCGAUACAACGAGUUUGAGCGAGCUCGCGCGAUCUUCCAGCGUUUCACCAUUGUUCACCCCGAGCCGAAGAACUGGAUCAAGUGGGCUCGGUUUGAGGAGGAGCUUGGCACGAGCGAUCUGGUUCGCGAAGUCUACGGAUUGGCCAUUGAGACCCUGGGCGAGGACUUUAUGGAUGAGAAGCUCUUCGUGGCUUAUGCCAAAUUCGAGGCCAAGCUGAAAGAAUAUGAGCGCGCACGGGCAAUUUACAAAUACGCCCUAGAUCGCCUCCCUCGGUCCAAGUCGAUGACCCUACACAAGGCUUAUACCACCUUUGAAAAACAAUUCGGUGAUCGGGAAGGCGUGGAGGAUGUCAUUCUAUCCAAACGCCGUGUUCAAUAUGAAGAGCAGCUCAAGGAGAAUCCCCGCAACUACGAUAUUUGGUUCGACUUUGCACGACUUGAAGAAACUGCUGGCGACCCAGAGCGUGUACGAGACAUUUAUGAGCGAGCGAUUGCACAGAUCCCACCUUCACAGGAAAAGCGACACUGGCGCCGAUACAUUUAUCUUUGGAUUUUCUACGCGGUGUGGGAGGAAAUGGAGGCCAAGGACAUGGACCGGGCACGACAGAUCUACCAAGAAUGUAUCAAGCUGAUCCCGCACAAGAAGUUCACCUUUGCUAAGGUGUGGCUUAUGAAGGCGCAGUUUGAGAUUCGCCAGAUGGAGCUACAGACCGCGCGCAAGACGAUGGGCCAGGCUAUCGGUAUGUGCCCGAAGGAUAAGCUCUUCCGCGGCUACAUCGACCUUGAGCGACAAUUGUUCGAGUUCGUGCGGUGCCGGACCCUGUACGAGAAGCAGAUCGAGUGGAAUUCCUCCAACAGCCAGGCCUGGAUUCAGUAUGCGGAACUUGAACGCGGGCUGGACGAUUUGGAGCGGGCGCGGGCGCUCUUCGAACUCGGUAUCGACCAGCCGACGCUCGACAUGCCCGAGCUUGUCUGGAAAUCCUACAUUGACUUUGAAGAGUACGAGGGUGAAUAUGACCGAGUUCGCGCGUUAUACGAGCGCCUCCUCUCCAAGACGGAUCAUGUCAAGGUCUGGAUCAACUACGCCCGAUUUGAAAUCAACGUACCCGAAGACGAGGACGAAGAGGAAGAGGACGAAGAAGCCCGUCCGGUCAGCGAAGAAGCCAAGCGUCGGGCCCGGGCAGUGUUCGAGCGGGCGCACAAGGUGUUCAAGGACAAGGAGCUCAAAGAAGAGCGGGUGGAACUCCUCAAUGCCUGGCGGUCAUUCGAGAACACGCACGGAUCUCCCGAGGACAUCGACAAGAUCGAGAAACAGAUGCCACGGCGGGUCAAGAAGCGUCGCAAGUUGGAGGACGACCGGUACGAGGAGUACAUGGACUACGUGUUCCCGGCCGACGACAAGUCCGCCGCGAACCUGUCUCGGCUGCUCCAACGGGCCCACCAGUGGAAGCAGACACAGGGUUGA